GCCCCAGGCCCUGCUUUGCUUUGUUAUCCUGGGCUCUGUUUAGCAGCACCCCUCCUCCCUUCCUUGGCUUUCUCAUCGUGUUUUCCAGCCUAUUUCUCCCCCGUGUUUCUCCGUGCGUGGAGCCGUUUUCCUCGCAGACACUGGAAGGAGUUCUUGGAGAGAGCAGAGGAAAACACACAUGGAGAUAUUUAGGAUUUAAACCCGCAACAUUUCAGUAUCCCUCUUUUUCUGCGGGGUGUUUUUGUAUUAAGGAUUUUGUUCCGCGUCUUUUGAAGGACGAAUUCAGAAAAAAAAAAUCAUUUUUAUAUCUGUUUUUCCGUCUCUGUACCCUUUGUAUCCUCUGUCUACUCAUCCAUCUCUCCACCUCCAUCUGUCUCUCUCUUUUUUCCUACCUUUCAGUCUCUACCUCUCCCCUCUGUCUGCCUCCAUCCCUCCGUCUGUCUCUCUGGAUAUCCUCCCUCCUCCCACCGCCCUCCAUCAUGGCUCCAGUGUGCCGGGUCUCCUGGUUCUGCUGCCUGCUGGUUCUGCUGGUUCUCCCCGCCGCCUGGAGCUCGUUCCCCCGCAGCGGAGGCAGCAGCAGUGCGGACUGCGGCCCCGGGAAGGCCGCCGACUGCCUCGAUCUGUCGGAGAAGAAGAGCGACCUGCGAGUGUGUGACGCCGGGACGUGUCGCUUCGGAGGAACCUGCCGCGAGAACGGAGCCGACAUCAAAUGUGUCUGCCAGUUCCACUGUACUAAGAAGUACAUCCCUGUGUGCGGGACCAACGGAGACACGUACCAGAACGAGUGCUUCCUGAGGCGCGCCGCCUGCAAGAAACAACGAGCCAUCACCAUCCUGUCAGAGGGAGCCUGUUACCACGACGGUGCUUCAGGAUCUGGUGACGGAGAUGACGAGGGCUCUGGGCGCGGUAAAAAGGUCUCGAAAUGUGGAAACUGCAAGUUUGGAGCCGAAUGUGACGAAGACUCUGAGGAUAUGCUCUGCAUGUGCAACAUCGUGUGUAACGGCCACAACGAUAACCCGGUGUGCGGUGGCGACGGCGUCACCUACGACACGCCCUGCCACGUCCGAGAGGCAUCCUGCCUCAAACAGCUCAAGAUCGACAUCAAACACGUGGGACGUUGCCAAGAUAAAAGUAGGAAGGAUGACAGCGCGAAGACCAAACCCCCCAUCUUCGCUGUGCCGAAGCCUGGUGAGGGGGCGGACUUUGAGGACAGCCCCGGCCCCUGUUCGGAAGACUACGCCCAGUUCUGUGAGCACGGCCAAUGUGAGCUGAGACACAACCUGCCGACCUGCAGGUGUGAGGCGGCGUACGGCGGUCCCCAGUGUGACCAGCUGCUGGACUUUAACAUCCUGUACGUGGUGCCCAGCGGUCAGAAGCUGCACUACGUCCUCAUCGCUGCCAUCAUCGGCGCCGUUCAGAUCGCCGUCAUCGUAGCUGUGGUCAUGUGUUUCACCAGGAGGUGCAACAAGACGAAGCGUGGGCGGCGACAGAAGCAGCACCUCGGCCACUUCCCAUCGGGAACGUCCUCCAGGAUGAUGUAGCCGCUCUCCUUUUUCUUUUCUCUCUCUCUCUCUCUCUCUCUCUCUGUCUCUCUCUCUCUCUCCCUCUCUCUCUCUCUCU